AUCAGAUCCGAAAAUACAAAUCGCCUCAUCCCUAUAUUCAAUGGAAAAUUGGAAAAUUGGGGUGUUUUUCUACGAAGUUUUUAGUAUUUUUAUUUUGAUGAAACAAAGAAGAAUUUUUUCAACUUCGCAAAUGUACUAAUAAAUAAAUCCGCAAUGCCGCUGACCGUACGACAAAGAAGUAUUCACAAUAAAAACGGUGCUAAAAGAGCAGCCAGUUUCAACAAAGGAAAACGGAGACCUAGCGAAGGAGAUUACAUUGUCACAAAUGCUCCAACUGAUCUCCGUAGUAUCUCAUACCCCGGUGGAGCUGCAGCUUUAAGUUUAUUACUUACUGCCAGAAUCAUAUCUGCGAUCUGGAACCAUAUUUCUGAUUGCGAUGAGACAUAUAACUAUUGGGAACCUUUGCAUUAUUUGGUGUAUGGUCAUGGACUACAGACAUGGGAAUACAGUCCCAUCUAUGCAAUCAGGUCUUACAUGCCACUGUUUUUGUUUGCUGUACCAGCAAGAAUACUGUCCUACAUACUAAAUCCAGUGUCUAUCUUCUACGUGUUGAGGAUAGGCCUCGCUGUUCACACAGCUGCAGCUGAAUUCAUGUUUUACAAGGCUGUGUGUCACGAAUUUGGUGUACAUGUUGGCAGACUAUGGCUGGCUAUGACGCUACCGGCGGCUGGAUUAUUUUCUUCCAGUACUGCGAUGCUGCCUUCUGCAUGGAGCAAUGCCAUAGUGAGUGGAGCAAUUGCAUGCUGGUGGAGGAAACGAUACCAAUCUGCAGUGUUCCUGACUGCCGUCACAUCACUGCUCAGCUGGCCAUUCACUGCACUCCUUGGAAUACCGAUAGCGAUAGAUAUGCUAGUACUAAAACGGAAAUUCAAAGAAUUUUUCACAUGGUCUUUCCUCUCACUUAUCAUCAUUCUGGUACCAACUGUACUGGUGGACGCUUGGUAUUACGGACGGCUAGUCAUAGCACCAUGGAACAUUGUAGCCUACAAUAUAUUCACAGAGCACGGGCCGGAUCUCUAUGGGGUUGAACCCUGGACUUAUUAUAUUGUUAAUGGUUUCUUGAAUUUUAAUAUUGUUUGGGUGUUAGCCUUAUCUAGUCCAAUUCUCCUGUUAGCUUGCACAGUUCUCUCGUCCAAGUCUACAUCAAGAGCAUCGUUUUGUACUCCGUACUGGUUGGACUUGAUGCCCUUAGGACUGUGGCUAGUUAUAUUUAUGCUGCAACAGCAUAAGGAAGAAAGAUUCAUCUACCCGGUAUACAGUUUGAUAAUCCUAGCUGGCGCCAUAGGCUUGGACUGUGUUCAGAAAAUGAGCUUCGCAGUUGGAACGGAACUGUUCCGGUGGCGCAGAGAACGGGAGAAGAGACACUACCUCUCCUACACCGGGACCAUCAUGGUGUUGUUCGUUGGCGUGGCUGGACUGGCUGGGUUGUCACGUAUAACGGCGUUGUACACAAACUACCAAGGCUCACUGACGAUUCUACACAAUUUACCUGCAACGGAAACUGAAAAAGUAGUGUGCUACGGUAAAGAGUGGUAUCGUUCACCAUCCAGUUUUCACUUGCCAUCGGGAUACAAAAUGAGGAUUAUACAGAGCGAGUUCAAUGGUCAAAUGCCGGCUCCGUAUGCUGACACACAGAAUGCAUCACGCCUCAUUCACCCGUACCUCAACGACCAGAACAAAGGAGACAACAGCACGUACUACAAGCCUAAGGAGUGCCACUACCUGGUCGAUUCAGACUUGAGCAAGCCUUCGAAGCUCCAACCGGCCUACCACAAGGACCCCAACUGGGAAGUCGUGGCCACCGCAUCAAUACUAAACGCGGAACGAUCAAACAGAAUACUGAGAGCGUUCUAUAUUCCGUUUUUGACGUCGAAGAGUUGCGUGUACGGGAACAUGUACUUGCUGAAGAAUAAAUCCUUAUAGGGCAGGGCGCGCGCGUGGGGCGGUCAGAGACGCGACAAGCUCGUGGUGUUCGGGCUGGCGCACACCCCGGCCGAUUAUAAAGGGUGGGCCCUGAAGAAUUUUCAUCCUAAAGUGUACAAGUUCAAGAAUUACGGAACCCUCGUGGCGUACAAGCGCGUGUGAAUCGUGAACGAUAUGAACUGUGUGUGUCGUUGUUGUAUAAUUGUGCUUUUAGAAGUUUAACACGCGUAUUUUGAUAUUUUUACAUUAACAUCUUUUUAUAAUUGUUGUGAUGUAAGUACACACUUUUUUAACAUAAAUACAUUUUACGUGUUGCUGUACGACGAGAUCGAUAAAAAUUAUCGAUAAAAUCAAGACAAGUAGAAAUUACUUAUAGGUCGCUAUAUUAAAAAAAAAUGUGACUAAAAAGUAAAACUUAAAAGACCUUAAUCAAUGAAAUGGUGUAUAAUAUUUAAGGAUACGAGAAAUAUAAAUAGAAUCGAUUGAAAAACUAAAAGUUCCUGCAUGCCAAUAGAUGGCGCUGGUUUCAAUAAAACUAGUUGGUUAAGAAACUUUGUGUGAAUGUAUAUAUUUCGAUGCCUCCAAUGAACACUACGCUAACUCCAAAUUCGUAGGUUUACAGGAGGAGCGUUUAAACGAAAAAAGUUGAUAAAAUCUUUAUUAUUGCAGAUAUAUUUAUGGGUUUUUUUUGUGUAACUAGCUGAUUUACUCUUGCUUCGAACCCCAUCAAUAUUAAUUUGUAAUACUUUUAAAAUAGUGAAGCGAUUAGCGUGAAAAACGAAAAUUUCAAAAUUUUUAGUAGUGUUCAUUGGAGGCAUCGAUUUAAGGAUUGGUGCUUUUCACGUGACUAUUAAAUGUUGCGUAAAGAACUUAGUAUUUGUAAUUAGAUCUUUUAGCAUAUGUAUGUGUGAUCUGUAGAUUAGCAUUUUAUAUGUAAUAUAAUGAUCUGUGCAUCAGCUCCUAGGGUGUCAGAGAUAUGUUCGUGAAUACAGUUGAGUACGUAUUUUUUAUUUUUUUUUCUUGCUGAGAUGUGUGGACGAGCUCACAGCCCACCUGGUGUUAAGUCGCUACUGAAGCCCAUAUACAUCUACAACGUAAAUGCGCCACACACCUUGAGAAAUAGUUCUAAGGUCUCAGUAUAGUCACAACGGCUGCCCCACCCUUCAAACCGAAACGCAUUAUUUCUACACGGCAGAAACAGGCAGGGUGGUGGUACCUACCCGCGCGGACUCACAAGAGGUCCUACCGUCGUCAGUGCGUCUUUAGCUUUAGCCGACGCUGCGUCGCCGCCGUGAAGCGACAGAGUCGUGACCCUGACCGAGAGGCUGUUGACCCUAAAAUUUUGUACUCUGUAUGUUGUUGAAAGGUCUUUAACGUAUCCGCGACUUUUUGGCGGGAACGCGAGGUGCGAAGUUGUGUGAUUUGUUUUAUUUUGUCUAUUUAGUGUUUCUUCAGGUUUAAAUGUGUAAUAACGGUGGUUUAUUAAUUGUUUACUAUCUGUGAAAGUGCAAAAAUGUGGGAAAAUGAAACAAAGCCGCUGGACGUAACUUCUCGGGUUCCUCCAAAAAGUCCACGGAAAAAAUCUCAGUAAAUGACCACCAUUUUACUCAGACUAUAUUUCAUCCCAUAUCAUCUCAUCUCAUUUCAUUUCAUUUCACUCCAUAUUAUAAUUUUUCAUAAAAAUAAGAUUAAAAAUUAAAAUAAGACUUGACCUAAAGGUCUUAGUUACCAAGUCAUAAAAUCCCUUUAAAAAAAAACGUAUCAGCAAUGUAAAGCGAACAAAAUUAAUAUGAAAUCGCGGGUGCAAUUAGAUCCGCUGCGGCGUCCUGCAAACUAAGAUGCGUAGAUGCAGUGGAACAUAUGUAGGUUGGUUGUACCUACCCGGGCGGGCUCAUGUGUACAUAUCAUAGGUUUCCAGUGAAGAUGACCGGGGAAAUUAACAGUCCACUUGGAGUCAUGGAUCUGAGUUCAUGGAUAGCACAAUACAUUGAAAUAAAUAAUAUAAUAGUUUAAAAAAACUAAAAAAAAUACACAAAAAGCGUGGGGUGCUUUUCAGGAUAAUAUCGAAAUACGUCAUAGAUGUCUAUGGGCUCCGGUAACCACUUAACACCUGGUGGGCUGUGAGCUCGUCCAUCUAUCUUAGCUCUUGGAUGAGUACGCCAAAGAUGCGCUGUAAUACCAAAACAACUUUUUUUUUCUUUUUGUCAAAUGUUUAAAUGCAAUUAUAACUGCAUUAUGCAACUGCUCGAUGCAUUUAAUAAUGUUAAUUCGAAACUAGUCAAAGCUAGUAAAUUAAAAAAAUAUUAAUAUACAUAUACUGUUAA